GUGUGCACGUGAUCACCUGCAGCCAUGUGUGACCAGACGUUUGUGGCGGCCACUUUUGGCCCGUGUGACAACUGUACAACCCCCAGUCCUCUGAUGAACAUCUACAUCAAGAACGAGGCCAUCAACUACUGCUCCUUCUGCGUGGAGCUGAUGGCCUGUCAGGAGCUGCAGAAAGGAGAAAGUCUGGCGUCUCUGAAGAAGGAGAGCGACAACCUGAAGAAGAAGCUGGAGGAGGAGCGCGCCAAGCUCAACGACGUGGAGCUGCACCAGGUGGCUGAGAAGAUUGAGGUGUUGGGUGCUCUCUCCAUAAAGACCAGGCGUGUGCUGAAGGGUCAUGGGAACAAGGUGCUGUGCAUGGACUGGUGCAAAGACAAGCGGCGUCUGGUCAGCUCCUCACAGGAUGGGAAAGUGAUCGUCUGGGAUGCCUUCACUCUCAAUAAGGAGCAUGGGGUUCCCCUGCCCUGUACGUGGGUCAUGGCGUGUGCUUAUGCUCCCUCGGGCUGUGCGGUGGCGUGUGGGGGAUUGGACAACAAGUGUUCAGUGAUCCCACUGUCUAUGGACAAAAAUGAAAACUUGGCUGCAAAGAAGAAGUCUGUUGCCAUGCACACUAACUAUGUGUCAGGAUGCACCUUCACCAACUCCGACAUGCAGCUCCUGACCUCCAGUGGCGAUGGCACGUGUGCUCUGUGGGAUGUGGAGAGCGGGCAGCUGCUGCAGAGCUUCCACGGACACACAGCUGAUGUCCUGUCGCUGGACCUCGCCCCGUCUGAGACUGGAAACACUUUUGUCUCUGGGGGCUGUGAUAUGAGGGCCAAUGUGUGGGACAUGCGCUCUGGACAGAACAUUCAGUCUUUUGAGAGCCACGAGUCCGACAUCAACUGUGUCAAGUAUUACCCCAGUGGAGAUGCGUUUGCAUCAGCUUCUGACGAUGCCACAUGCCGUUUCUAUGAUUUGCGAGCUGACCGUGAAGUGGCCGUGUACCAGAAGGACAGCAUCAUCUUCGGUGCUUCCACAGUGGACUUCUCGCUGAGCGGGCGCCUGCUGUUCGCCGGCUAUAACGACUACACGAUAAACGUGUGGGACGUUCUGAAGGGAACCCGCUCCACCAUCCUGUUCGGCCACGAGAACCGAGUGAGCAGAGUGCGGGUGUCCCCCGACGGCACGGCGCUCUGCUCGGCCUCCUGGGACAACACCUUACGGAUUUGGGCCUAGACUCUUCUUGAUGUUUUCACUCAUCUAAAAAAUACAGCAGCAGGCAACAACCAGCACCGCUUGAAAUCAACACUACUGCAGGAGUGUGUUCAUAACAGAGCUAUGUCUUUAUAUCCUAAUUAUAGGAUGGGUAUUUAUUAAAGUUUGGAUUCCCAGUCUUUGCUGCAGUUAGCUUUAUGACUGAUAUCAUGUAAAAAUGUGUUAUUAACAUAGUAGGGAGACAAAAAAAAGAUGUGUAAAGAGACAAAAAGAAGUUGUCAGCACAAUAAAUUACCAUGUAGCUCCACAGAUAACACCAGUGUUAUAAAAUAUCAGUUUUCUGUCACCAUGCAGUGAAUUUACAUUUAAUCCUGCCACACUACACCAGUUUAUAUCAGAAUGACGAAUGACAGCUUUAUAAUUAAUCACUGAU